UCAACAGCAUCUGCGAUUAUACUGAGCGGUGGGGAACAUGUCUAUAGUUAACACGGAACAAAAGCAUCGUUGAAAAAGCAUUCGCUUGCCUAGCGAAUGCUACUAGCACUAGCAGAAUUAUUAUUAAUCGGUGAAAGCUAUCUCUUCACUUUGGGACAGCAAAAUUAAAGCAUAGAAACGUCGACGUGGACGAGACCUACAAGAUGGCAAAGCCUGUUCAUUCACACGUCAUUCUGAGUAGUCCACUAGGACACAUUGAGACAGCCCCUGCCCUGUUUCCAUCAACAACGUCAGCCCAACGUCUUAUUGAACAGGAGAAGAAUUUUAAACUAGACUGUAUUCUAGUCGAAAAACAACGCUACAAGUGGUCCCCCGAUAUCAUUCCCAAAUAUGACGCUAUGACGGAUCCGUACGCACGUCAUUACUUCAAAUCACCGAUGGUACAGUCGCUCUUACGCAAGACACUGGAUGACAAGGGAAGAUAUGGAUGUACCCCACAGGCCUCCCAUGGUUGUCGUGGUUCAACAAAGGAGAAGCAGCGUGACGUAACGCCCAAAUCCUUAAGUAACCAAUUGAUGCAGAAGACUUGCCCAAAGUUCUCACCACAAAGUCUAAACACACUCGCGGGUAGGCAUCGCGCCCCCGCUCCUCCAGAAGAAGUCGACCUUGCAGAGAGACGAAAGCGGUACUGUAUUGAUAGUGUAGUAGCUACUAACCAAGCUACCAAAUACAAGCCACUGAUACGACCGUACGAUGCUGCUGGAGACAGUCAUGCUAGGGGCUACUUCCAGAAACAAGGAAUAAGGAAGUUUUUGCAAAUCACGCUGGCUUCAGACAUCCGCGGAUCAUUGAAACAUAUUCACUCUUACAAGGUAAAGCUAUAAAGCGUAAAAAACGAAGACACGCUCUUACUAAGGUCUUUUAUUCCAUUUCUUUGUCUUCCCUCAUUAUUUUCCACUAUUUAAAUUGUUCAAGGGGGCAAGCACUCCUCCCCCACGCCCUGCUAGCCAACUGUGUUUUCGGCUGCACAAUCAUGUCACAACAUU